AUGGCUAGCUACACGAUAUUUGAUAACACCUUCCUCCCUUCAUUCAUUCAUUCAUUCAUUCUAUCCUUCCUUCCUUUCUGUCUUCCUUCCAUCCUUACUUCCUUUUUUUCCUUCCGUCCUUCAUUCCUUCUUUCAUUCCUUCCUUUCUCCCUGACUUCAUUCAUUCCUUCCUUCCUUCACUCCGUCCGUUCUUUCCUUCCUUCCUUUCUUCUGUCCUUAAUUCCGUCCUUCCUUCCUUCCUCCCAUCCUUCAUUCAUUCAUUCCUUACUUCAUUCAUUUAUUCAUUCCGUCCUUCCUUUCUUCCUUAAUUCAUUUAUUUCGUGCUUCUUUCCUUCAUUCCGUCCUUUCUUCCGUGCUUCUUCCUUCUUUCCAUCCGUCCUUCCUUCCUUCCUUCCUUCCUUUAUUCCUUCCUUCUUUCAUUCAUUCCUUCCCUCGUUCCGCCCGUUCGUCCUUCCUUCAUUCAUUUAUUCAUUCUGUCCUUCCUCCUUUCAUUUUUCCUUCCUUCCUUCCUUCCUUCCUUUCUUCCUUUCUUCAUUCCGUCCCUAUUUCCUUUCUUCCUUCCGUCUUUCAUUCCUUCCUUCUGCCCUUUCUUCCUUCCUUCAUUCUGUCCUUCCUUCCUUCCUUCAAUCUGUCCUUCCUUUCCUUCUUCCUUCCGUCCUUCAUUCAUUCCUUUCUUUAUUCCUUCAUCCAUUCCUUCUUCCCUUCAUUCCUUUCUUCCUUCAUUCAUUCAUUCCGUGCUUCCUUCCUUCCUUCCACCCGUCCUUCCUUCCUUCCUUCUUCCUUCCUCCUUUCUUUCUUUUUCCUUCCUUCCUUCCUUUAUUUCUUCCCCUCUUCAUUCCGUCCUUAUUUCCUUUCUUCCUUCCGUCUUUCAUUCCUUCUUUCUGCCCUUUCUUCCUUCAUUCAUUCUGUCCUUCAUUCCUUCAUUCAUUCCUUCCGUCUGUCCUCCUUUCUUCCUUCCUUUAUUCUGCCUUACCUUCCUUUCUUUUUUUCCUUCCUUCAUUCCUUCUUUCCGUUAUGUCUUAA